AUGGCGAUAGGAGAGUCGAGAACAGAGCUAUUGCAUUGGCUUAAUAGUACGUUAGACCUUCAAUACGGAAAGGUCGAGAAUUGCGGCACCGGGGCGGCGUAUUGCCAGCUUAUGGACUCGAUAGUGGGAGGCAUACCAAUGUCAAAGGUCAAAUUCAAUGCCCAGACAGAAUACGAUUACAUACACAAUUUUAAGAUAUUACAGGCCAGUUUCAACAAACAUAAAGUAAAUAAGACCAUAGACGUCGAGCGGUUGGUGAAAUGCCGGUUACAAGACAAUCUUUUGUUGUUGCAGUGGUUCAAGAAGUUCUGGCACGAGAACAAGGAUGUAAACGGGGUUUAUGACGCGGCCUCUAGACGUAAAGUGAGCGGACUGUACCCUAAUGGUAGCGGAUUCAAUGUGACACCCCAAGAACGGUCUAGGACAUCGUCUGAGUCGUCGCUUGGGUCCCGCCGUACCACGUUGCCUAGCAGAGUGCCAUCGACGGGUCGUACGUCAAUCACACCAAAUACCCCCACCAACGCCACCACCAAGCUUUCACAAUUGAACAAGGAGUUGGCAGAUACAGCUAAUGAGCUUGCCACAGUCAAUGAGGAGCUUCAGGAAUACAAAAUCCUGGCUGAAAGCCUUGAAACCGAGCGAAACUUUUACUUCAACAAGUUACGAGAAAUCGAAAUCCUCACCGAGAAUUUGAAACUGCUCGAUGAGCCCGAAUUUAACAAGUUGUCUGUUAAUGAAUUCAUAGAAAAGGUCCAGUCGAUUCUUUACUCGACCGAGGAAGGGUUUCAGUCAAAUAAUGACCAAGUAGACAUGGAUGGAGAAUCCUUUUAA